AUGGUAAAAGACAAGAAGAAGGCGGGAAACAAGGCAGCAGUCAAGGCCGCAAAAGCUGCAAAGCAAGAGAAGAAAGCUGGAAAGAAAGAUAAGAAAGUCGCGGGCAAGAUACAAGAGGUUGAUUCCGAUGCUGAAGACGUUGAUCUGGAUGCUGUACUAGCUCAGUACGCAAAAGAACAGGAGCAAUUCCUUGCCAUCACGGAAGUGCCAUCAGAGCCACCAGCAGCAAGAACAUCUGCUACUAUAAUCGCAAGUCCAGCGAACGAGAACGAAUUAUUCUUGUUUGGUGGAGAGUACUUCAACGGAGCAACUGCGAAGUUCUUCAAUGACUUGUUGGUCUACAAUAUCAAGCAAGACUCCUGGAAAAAGGUCACGUCGCCAAAUUCGCCACUACCACGAUCUGGUCAUGCUUGGUGUCGUGGUGCCAACACCAAGGACAUCUAUCUGUUUGGUGGAGAAUUUAGCUCACCGAAACAAGGCACGUUCUACCACUAUAACGACUUCUGGAAGUUAGAUCCCACCGAGAGAGAGUGGACAAGAAUUGAAAGCAAGGGCAAAGCAUCCGCACCACCUGCACGUAGCGGCCAUCGCAUGGUCGGAUACAAGCAGUACGUCAUCUUGUUCGGAGGAUUUCAGGAUACUUCGGCAACGACGAAAUACCUCAACGAUUUGUGGAUCUACGACUGCGUCAACUUCACAUGGCAUUCACCCAAACUCCAAGCGGCACGCGCAGUCCCAGACGCGCGAUCAAGUUUCACCCUGCUACCCCAUGACCAAGGCGCCGUCAUCUACGGCGGCUAUUCACGUGUCAAGACAGCUGCCGGAGGUAAACAGCAGCAACAAGGCAAAGGCAAGAAGAGCAGUGGCGGCGGCCCUGCAAACCGCAUGGUUCUCAAACCCAAAGUCCACGACGACAGCUGGUAUCUCCGCAUCACGCCUCCUCCGGCAGACGUAGCUCCAGCCACACUCCCCGCCGUAUCAUGGGAGAAGCGCAAAAAGCCCGCCAACGCGCCCAACCCCCUGCGCGCAGGCGCUACAAUGGCAUACCACAAAGGCCGCGGCGUCUUGUUCGGCGGCGUGCACGACGUCGAAGACAGCGAAGAAGCCAUCGAUUCCGAAUUCUUCAACCAAGCUUUCGUCUGGAACAUCGAGCGAAACCGCUACGUCCCGCUAACCCUACGCCGCCCAAAGACCAACGCAAACAAAAAGGCCGCGCAACAAGCCAAUGUCAGUCGUCGAGCGCGCGGCAAAGCAGACGAGGAAGAACUCCUCGCCAACCUCAAGGCGCUGGAGAUGAAAGCCGGCGCCGCAUCGCUCGAUUCCGACGAUGAACAGCCGAAGAAAGACGAGCCCGAAGAAGACGCCGUCGAAAAGAUUGAAAAGCCGCGAACCUAUGAAUUUCCGCAUCCGCGCUUCAAUGCCGCGCUCACCGUGCAGGGCGACAAUCUGUACAUCUUCGGCGGCACGUACGAAAAGGGAGAUCGGGAAUACACCUUCGACGAGAUGUGGAGCGUGAAUCUGAACCAUCUAGAUGGCGUGGUGGAGAUAUUCAAGCGCGAGUUGGAAGACUGGCAAGGCAGUGAUGAUGAAGCGGAUUCAGAAGAUGACGAAGAUGAUUCUGAAGACGAGGAGGAGUCGGGCGAUGAAGACGACGCGUCUACUGCGCCCACAAGCGUCACUGAUUCCCCGGCCAUCGCGCCAGUCGAAGAAGCUCCCGAGGAAGAAAUCUCCGCGCUUACGGACACGCUGCCACACCCCAGGCCGUUCGAAUCGUUGCGGGAGUUCUACGCGCGCACGUCGGAGGCCUGGCAGAAUGUCAUCAUUGAUGAUCUUGCGUUCCGGGGGAAGACGGGCGAGAAGAGUCCGAAGGAGAUCAAGAAGCUUGCGUUUGAGCGGUCGGAGGAGAAGUGGUGGGAUUGCCGCGAGGAGAUUCGCGCGCUGGAGGAUGAGCAGGAGGCGGCGGGGAUUGGGGAGGUGGUUAGUCUUGCAGAUAAGGAAGGGAGUGGAGGGGGAGUCGGACGACGACGAUAG